AUGACCCCGUGGAUGAUCCAUGUGCUCUAUAUGACGCUCUUCAUGCUUCUGGAGGUCGCCUUCCGCCGCUGCCUGAAGUCGCCAUCGACCAGCGACCCGGUCGGCAGCCUCUUCCCGCUGCUGCUGCCGAGCCCACGGAGUACCCGACCAAGCAUGGCGCCUGCCUUGAGCAUGCUCCGACCUCGCGAGCCGCUGGUGCGAAUCGUGCGGCGCGUCCUAUGGCAGACGCUCGAGCGACUGAGCGUCCAUCGCGGAGCUGGCAUUGACGACGUCCUUCGCGACCUCACGGCGCUGCACUUUCGACUGGCGGGCGAUCCGACACACUUGGCAGCGUCCUUGCCAACGCUCCGCCAACUCCAAGCCCGCGCUGCGUCUGCGGUCCUGCCCCAAGUCUCCUCGGAGAUGACGGCGCUCUGCACGGCGAUCGAGGCGCUUGCGGCACCGCCCCAACAAGGCCUCUGUCGCCCCAAGCAGCGCGCCAUCCCGCUCUUUCCAGCUGCUGCAUGA